CUUUGUUCACAACAAUCAGUGAAGAAAAGAGGAAAUAUGAAGGUUGUUUUUAUUCUCGCAUUGGUUGUUGUUGCAGUAUCCGCAGAAAGGUGUGACGACACGAGGGACUGUACACUCACAACAUGUACCGGGGGGUCCACAGUUCAUUGUGUCAAUGAUCAGUGCACGUGUACCACAGCAGCCAGUGGCGAUGGAGAUUGCGUCAGGGCCGAUGAUUGUCAAGGACGAUGUGAUCAUGGACGUCAGCAUCACUGUAUUGAUGGAAGAUGCAGAUGUACUCAUUUUUAAAGAAAUUAAAAAAA